AAAAAAAAAAAUUGUUGUGAAUGUGGCCGUAAGUAAUUCAUCCCGUCCCUUUGGACUCUUAACCAACAAUCCAGUGGACUCUGAGAAGCUAACCAGAAAUGGCGGCAUUGGCAGUUAGCUACUUCAAUGUUUCGUCACCACUGACGUCUUCAAGGGAUCUUUCUACCCAUUUCUCUUUCUCUUUCAUCUCCAACAGUUCUGCUAGCUUCGCAAACGUUAAAAAUCCCAUCAAAUUACACUCUCAUUCACUUCAGUUUCAUCAAGUUGCUUCCUUUCUGAGGAAAUCAAGAGAUGCACCAGCACCCACAUCGGCUUCUAUGGCUACUGGUUGGAAAGAGGAUCUCCCGCCAGCUCUAACUUCUACUUCAGACCCACCUCCUAUAUUUGACGGAACAACCAGGUUGUAUAUAUCGUACACAUGCCCAUAUGCCCAGCGUGUGUGGAUUACUCGCAACUGUAAGGGAUUGCAGGACAAGAUAAAAUUGGUUCCUGUUGAUCUGCAAAAUAGGCCCACCUGGUAUAAGGAAAAAGUCUACCCUCCUAACAAGGUACCUUCACUGGAACACAAUAAUGAAGUUAAAGGAGAAUCUCUUGAUUUGAUCAAGUACAUUGACAGUAACUUUGAUGGGCCAUCACUUUUCCCUGAUGAUACUGCAAAGAAAGAGUUAGCAGAAGAGUUAUUUGCCUAUACUGGCUUAUUCAACCAAGCUCUAGUUUCCUUGUUCAAAGGAGAUGCAAGUGAAGCUGGUACUGCACUUGACUUCAUCGAAACUACUCUUUCCAAAUAUGAUGAUGGACCCUUUUUCCUUGGCCAGUUCAGUUUGGUGGAUAUUGCAUAUGCUCCAUUCAUUGAAAGAUUUCAGCCUGCCUUGUUGGAUUUAAGGAAAUAUGAUAUCACUGAAGGCCGGCCUAAUCUAUCUGCUUGGAUUGAGGAAAUGAAGAAAAAUGAGGGUUACAAUCAAACCCGGCGAGAUCCAAAAGAGCAUGUUGAAACCUACAAGAAACGGUUUUUGGCUCCUCUCUGAACUCUGCCUCUCUCUCCAACUAUGAAAUCUGAUAAUUGAAGUCAGAAUUUUCCUACUACAGUUAGGAAGUUAUACAUUUACAUCUACAUAUCUUCUUCCUGGGAAGUAUUAUAAUUUGACGAGAUUUAUCCCAUGUUUGAUAUAUUUUUGUUUUAGAAUCAUGUAGGUUUGCAACGCCAGUGUAUUCUGAUAUCAAUAAGCACUGAUUCACACUUCUCUGUUAUCAAUGUGGUUGGCUAUUUGGAUGGACA